AUGGCUACUUCACGUCUAGCAAGGUUUGUAUCAGAAGUGGCUCCGCCUCAAUUCGUGACGGUGAUGAGGAGACAUAGAGCAGCGAAGCAGAAGCUGGACACAAUCAAAGAAGAAGAGUAUAAAGAAGAUUGUUUCAGUGGUGGAAAGAUGAUGAAGAUGUCUUCUAAUAAGAUGACAACAUCGCAUCAUCAUCAUGUACAUUCUUCUAUCUCUGCCCCAGUUUCCAAUUCUGGAUCUACCUCUAAGAAUUUUCUCGUUGACGUUCGAAGUUCUUUUUCUGUCUUUGAGAACUAA